CUUUCAGUUACGGAACAAGUUAACUAGCUAGGUGUGUUGACAUUGAGAAGGGUAUCAAUAAUCUGACUAUCAUUCUAUUUUACAAGAGACCCACAUGUAUUUGGUUCCGCCAGGAACACCAUCACCAUGUUGACCACCGCAAAGCGAAUCGCCGACUUCGGAUACCGGGGGUUUUCUGCCUCGAUGAUGCUGUUGACACUCUACGGGGGAUACCUGUGCACCAUGCGGGGAUACCGCUUCAUGAACAAGCAAAAAGAGCUGCAGGUAGCGGCAGAAAACCAAGACGUGGACGUCCUCAAGCCAUAGAGGACUGGAACUGAAUAGUUUGUCCACAAAAUCAUGGACAUUUCUGUUCCUCCCAUGGGACAACUAUUUGGGUGUGGAAGUUUUGUGUGCCCAGACGAGUAAAGGAGAAUCUACUCUUCAUUUACUGUCAACUUCAUCAUUUAUCUGCUAAAAGGAGAAGGGGGAGAGGACUGGAGUUGACUGAAAAAUGGGUUGCCUCCUUCCAGCUUUAACUAAAUGUCAAAUCAGUCUCUUAUCAUAACUCGCUCAGGACACACUGAAUCAUAGUUUGUGUGGCGGGAUCUUCAAAGUUAUGUAACAACCGUUAAUAUGAAUAAAAACAUCUUACACAAAUAAACAUCUAUUUUUGUCUCUGUA